AUGUCGCGACCACAAAGCAUGCCCGACUUUACGGCUCUUAUGGACUCGUCCAAGUCCCUAUUUGAGCAAACAACCACCUCGAAUUUUGAAAGACGCAUACACAGUCGACGACAGACGUCGCCAGAGCGAAGAACCCAGUCCACACGCAAGAAACCCAGCAUCUCGCUCGCAGCUGGCUUGAUGAUGAAUACAGAGUCUCCGUUGGCUACUGGAUCGAUGUCGCCACGCAAGUGGAGUGAUAGUCGACCUCCCGAAGAGAAACGGGUAGAGACAGAGGAAGGCGAGACUCUCUUCUAUGCCUAUGCGAAGCGAAGCGACUACCCAUCCUCGCCUCCGUACAUCCUCACAUUCGCCUCGGCUGCCGUAUGCUCACAAUGGUGGCAACUUGUCCAGCAAAACUACCCUUCGUCCGCCCGCCGCCCGAGCCCCCAAUUCUUCAUCAUGCGCAGCGAAGACAUGGAACUCAUACAAGACGACCUAAAAUUCUUCGACCUCCGCAACAAAUGGUUCUACUCCUCCCAAGAUAGUCCCACCUGUUCCCCCGUUGUCCUUCCCAUCCAACACGCCAACGGCACACUCGCCCUCCCACCUUCUCCUCCCCCGUCCGAAGAAAAGCCAAACACCACCGCCCUCGACAGCCUCGCCGAAAGCCUCACCCGCCUCGCCAACAUUGUCGAAACAAACGCCGAACAAGUCCACGCCCUCUCCGUCGCCCAAUCAACCGGCCUACAAGCAAUGCAAGAAAUCAACGAAUCAAACAGCAUCCAGAUAAAAGCUAUUUCCGCUUCCCAACUCAAAUUGCAGUCUCUCGUUGACCAAAACGCAUCCCACUACAUCGCCCUCUCCAACAAACAUUUCAAAUCGCAAGAAUCAACGCGCCAAGCUCAAGAACGCAGCCAAAAAGCUCAGGACGAAGCGAAAGAUCUCCUCACAUCAACGCUAUCCCACGUCAAUUCCCUAGCAAAAGCGCAAUCAGACCUCGCGCAGACGUGCCAAUCCAUGAUACAGAGUUUCGAGUCUUUCACACAUAACAACCAUAGCAUGGUGGGCUCUGAUGCGGCGAGUUUGCACUCAGUGGGGUCAACAACAUCGAGUGGGGUGCUUGCGAGUCGGAUUAGUCCGCCGCCGAGGAAGCUGAAUCGACGGGUAAAAGGAGUGUGGUAUGAGUAUGAUAAUACUGUGCCUGGGACUGGGACGACGAUGGUGCGGAAGAGGGCCGAUUCGGUGGGCGUGGAGACGCCGCCGCCGAAGAGUCCUGUGGCGUUGAAGUCGUGA